CAUUUUUAUAUAUGAACGGACCCUCCAAGAAGCCAAGAAGAACAGCAUACGUGCCUCAGUUCAUCGAGAGAGACAUGGAAGAGGAAACUGAGGCCCUGGAGGAGAUGGAGAGAGAGCUCGAGGAGAUGAGGGAGUGUUACAGGAGCGGGAGGACGAUGGAGGCCUCUUGGAGGAAGUCCCAGCUCAAAGGUUUGCUUCGACUCCUCAGGGAAAGAGAGGAGGAGAUCUUCAGGGCCCUCCAUCAGGACCUGGGCAAGCAUCCUGCGGAGGCCUACAGGGAUGAGGUGAACCUGGAUUACAUUGGCCGCACUUCCUUCUUAAUGAGGGAUUCAUUUAUGCACUGAAUCUCCGAAAAUAUGUAGUGCCUGAGGUGACUUAAACCUGAAAUAACCUGCAUGAAUACGAUCAUCUCUUUUUCGUA